AUGAAUUUGCAUAAAUUGUCAUAUAUAGUUUUAGAAAGAGAAAUAAAUAAUAAGGUAAACGCCAUAUUAAAUAUUAUAGUGCAUGGAAAUAAAAAAUAUAUUAAUUCUGAAUAUGGGGAUAGUUACUUAAAAUCCAUUGCUACUAAUUUUCGUAGUGGCAAUGCUAAUUUUACCGAAAGGUUAACGAGUAACUCAUAUUUUAAUACUUUUGAUGAGCAUAACCAAUCUGUAUAUAAUGACAAUAUAGUAUUAACAUGCAAACAUUAUAGCAAUGCUUCUUUAAAUUUGCUGAAACACUGCGCUAGAUUAUUUCACAGAAAUAAGAGCCAAUAUAAUAUUAAAAAUUUAAAAAAUGGGGGGAAUAAAACAAAUAUAAUAGCGUGUAGUAACUAUCUAAAUGAUAAAAAAAAUGAAAGCAAGUCGAACAAUCUUAUAAACAAUGAAUUGAACUAUACACAUAUUGUUACCAAUUUAGACGAUAUUAAAUAUUUAUGGCUGAAACAUAUAAUAAUAAUUUUUAAAAUAAUAAUAGAGUCAAAUUUAAUGAUUGAUAUUAAAAGAAAAUUAGAACUAACAACAUUUAUUGUUAAUUUACUUAAAAAUAAAAAUAUCAGCAUAAACAUAAUAAAUACAGAUUUAUUCCUUUCUUAUGCAUAUCUUCUAUCAACUAUAAACUGUGUUAAUAGAGAAUUUGUAAUUCUAUUAUGUGAGCGUGUGCUUAAUAAUUACAAAUCAUUAAACGUAUUAAAUAAAUUUUAUUUAUUUAGCUCUAUACAUAAUUUUAAUUUUAUUUCCAAAAAAUUUCAGCAUAUGGUUAAUUAUAUGCAUAAGUAUUUUUAUAAUAUGAUCAGGGAAGAAUACUUAGCAACUCGCAAAAGGGAUAGAAUUCCUCUUUAUUUUGAAGAUAAUACUAAAGGGAACAGUUCUAAUUCGAUUACUCCCCCUUAUGAUACUCAAAACCACGAUGAGAUCGUUGAAAGUAAAAAAAAAUUUCGUCUUCAGGAUCGGUCAGAGAACAAGGAAUAUUUGGUUGUAGUCAAUAAUUAUUUAUUUAAUAUUUACGAUAUUUUAUUUAAAAAUAAAAAACAUAUAUCUCAUGAAGAUAGAUCUUUAUUUAAGCAUGUAAUUAAUGAAGAGUUAUUAAAAUAUAAUAAAAUAAACUAUAAUUUUUUUAGGAUGAUUAUAAGAAUGUGUGAUCACAAUUUAGUUCAUUUUAUGUUUACAUUAAUAGUAAAUAAUUUGGAGACAUACAACCAUAGUGAAAUUAAUAAUAUUCUCACAUAUUGCUCUAAAAAUAACAAUAAUUACUUUUGUCUUUUUUUGGACAUUUUAAAAGAAAAUGAAUUUGAAAAUAUUAACAUAAGGCACGUUAUAUAUUUGUACAUUUAUAUUAAUCGAAUGUUAAAGAGAAAAAUGAAAAAGCAGGAUUUACUUAAUGAUGAGGUUGACUAUAAUGAAUGCAAUAGUGGUGGUAAAAUACCGUUAUAUCAUGGAACUCUUGCUGAUAAAUAUGUAAAAGAACUUUUAAGUAACCCUUUAGAAUAUAAAUCUGAACAGAAAGAAAGUAACAUUAUGUCUAAAUAUCUUGAAUUGAGUAGUAUAAAAAAUAUAGAAGAGGGAAAAAAUUAUACGAAAAACGAUCGAAUUAUUCAAUUUAAUAAAUUAAUGAAUGAAUGGGAAUGUUAUUAUGAUAAUCUACUAGAAAUAAAAAAAACAGAAAAAGUGAAAAAAAACGACAUAAAUAUAAUAGAAAAAGAUAUGAAUAUUUUAAAAAACGUAAAUGAUCUACUAGUACAAGUUUUAAAAAAAAAAAUUUAUUAUUUAAAUGUUAAUAAUGUUAUAACAUUAUUAUAUAACACAUGCCCAAUAUAUGAUGAAAGCCAAGCUAACUUAGUUCAUUCUUUUUUUUCACAACUGUUUGAAGACAACCAAUUAUUAGUUAAUUUCACACAUAUAUAUAAUGAAUUGUAUAAAAAUUUUUUAUUUUACAAUGAUAAGGAUAAAAUAUGUAAUAUAGAUGGUAGCGAUGGUACAAUGGAAUUUCAUCCUUACAAUAGUGAUAAUAUAAAAAUAUAUGAGAAACGAUUAAGUAAUAUUUUUAGUUAUAUAAAAAAAAGGUAUUACAUAAAUAAUAGGGUCAUAUAUAACACAAGCAAAUAUACGAUAAUGCUAAAUGUAUAUAAUAAAUUUGUAGUAGACAUACUUAUGUUUUAUUUAUAUAAAAGUAAUACAUAUGAUGAUUAUAUGCUUAGAGAGCGAAAAAGAAUAAAAGACUUUCUUAUUCACAUAUACACACAUAUAUUAUUUAUAUUUUUUAACAAAAAGGAAAAAGAUGUUCAAAUAAAAGAAUUGGAACUUAUUUUUAAUUAUAGUCGUAGUAUUAUUAAAAAAUUAUAUUUAUAUGCUUAUUCUCUUAAAUACGGUUCAAUUAUCUUGGACCGAUUACAAAAUAAGCUAACAUGCAUAGACUUAUGUGAAGAUUCAUUUUGUGAUUUCCUUGGUCAGAAAAUAAUUGUGCCAUUGAAAGGAAAUGUAAAUGCCGAAGAAAAUUGCCAUACUAAAAUAGAUGAGGAUCAUGCCUCUCCCUUUUUGAAUGAAAAUGAAAUUUUAGGAAUUAUUGAGUAUGUAAAUUAUGUUUGUACAUAUAUAUAUUACAAAUUGAAUAGUAGUCUGACUAGCCAGAUUAAUGAAAACUUAAUAUACAUUUAUCUUUGUUCGUUAAAAUAUUCUAACAAAAACAGUAUCCUUAUUAAUAACAAUAUUUUCAAAAUUUUGAAAAAUAGUAAAUCUCAUGAAUUAAGCAGCAAUAUAAUUUUCGCAAUUGCAUUGGACUAUAUUCGUAAUAGUUGUAAUGUGAAACCGAUUGUUCUUAAAUUAUUUAGAGAUUUAAAGAAGCGACCAAAUAUAAAAGAAGCCGAUUGUGCAUUUUCUUCUAUCAGCAACAGGUUUAGGAUUACAAACAGGUACUACUAUUAUGCUUCCCCGAUGUCUCAUAAUCGAAAAUAA